AACGCCUCAUCACUUUUUGCCAUCACAAGAGGAUCCUAGACACACAGACAGCUUGUGCUAUCCAUAAGGACCAAGGAAUAUUCAGGAUGGCACCAAAGAAUGUCUUUUCCCCAGAAGCUGUAGAACAGGGGCUCUACAUUGCCUAUACAGCAUUGUCUGUAAUGGCCAUCGUACCCAUCUAUUUCGGCUCAUUCGCAUCUCUCAAAAAGUGGCAGAAUCCCGAUAGCAGAAAAAGGAUACUCAAGCGACAGAUCGACGAAUCAGGCGAGGAUGAUGACAUGCAAGAGGAUACACCAUCAGAAGUACUGUCAUCACGAGGCGCAUAUUCAUUGCCACUUUUCGGCCCUGCCCUUCUUUACGGAUUAAACCUGGCAUAUACGCACUGGAAUAGGACUUACAUUAACUAUGUUAUUUCAGCCUACUUUGUGCUGCUGAGUGUUUUUGCAUUUACUCAAGCUGGAGUCAACACGUUUGAUGGCAUUGCAAAUCUGCUCGGUAUCAGGGUCGACAGCUUUUAUGUCACUCUUGCAAAGAGAUCAAAAGCCGCUGUUCCAUUAGAAUUCUAUUCUGCCAGAUUCACUAUCAUCCAUACAGCUAUGCUCAUGGGCUCAAUCCUGCUGUCAGGUUACUAUGUCGCGACAAGGCACUGGAUUGUUUCCAAUAUUUUAGCCAUCAGUUUGGGAUUGAGCGCUAUUCAAACUCUCACCCUGGACUCUUUCAAGUCUGGCAUGACAUUGCUGAUCAACUUUCUACUUCACGAUAGCUUUUUGAUGUAUGGGUCAGAUAUGCUGGUGUCUGUUACCAAGAGCAUUGAUUUCAUUCCAAUCAGGAUCACAUUUCCUCGCCUUUUGUCUGGAUUGCUUGUUGAUGGACAGACUUACUUUCGUGACGAGUUUGUUGUUUUAAACCUGGGUGAUAUUGUUAUUCCUGGUCUUUUUGUGGCUCUUUGCUUACAUUUUGAUCAAUAUCGAUCAGGAAUCAAGAAUCAUGAGCUGGGACGAUCAACAAACUUCCGCAAACCUUACUUCAUUGCAUGUAUUAUAGCCUACAUCUUGGGUUUGGGUGUCUCAUUUUACAUCAUGCACGCUACUCGGAAUACGUACCCAACCCUGCUGUUCCUUGUUCCAGCCUGUAUUCUCAGCGUCAUUAUGACAGCUAGUGUGCGUGGAGAGAUGAGGCAGGUAUUUGCAUUUGUCACUGAGGAAGGGUUGGAGGCUAUUAGGAUCAAGAAGGAGGCCCUGAACAGGAAGAGGAGGCGAGUACAAACCACUCGAUAUGCUAGUCGUGGAUGAGUAUAUAGCUCAUUGCAAGUACAUAGAAAUGCUAUAGUUUACACAACCAUUUAAUCUCUCAGCAUACAGUUUCACCGCAUAUGCAUAUUUUGGUUCAGACCUUCAAAAGGAUUUAAUAUACCAAACUAUACACUGGAC